AAAUUGUUCAAUUUCAAUACGGCUUAGAAUUUAGGCUCAAAUGGAUCUGCCCUUUGGUACUCAGACUCCUGAAUUGGAUGUCCUUAUUGUAGGAGCCGGGCUGUCAGGCCUGACCUCGGCUGUAAAGAUCCUGGCCAAGGAGAGCUCCUUAAGGCUCCGGAUUAUCGAGAGUAACGAAACUCUUGGCGGUCAGCUGGGCGAAAACGGCGUUCGAUUCAUUGACAGCGAACAGCAGGACAUGUUGUCCUUUCUAAAUCUCGUCCAUUUGAAUCCUCGCAAGCGAAGGAGCGAUAGCGGUGGAUUGAAAAGGUGUUGGGAUCUAGAUCGUGGAAUAACUUCCCUGCCUGCCAAAUUUGAGCUCAAUAGAUACAUCAAUAUGUUGGAGUUGCGAAUGUCCAAAUUUCGCUCGAAACGUUUUAGUCUACGAGAACGAGUGGGUAAUAUGGAGCAUCAUAUUUGCCAACAUUUGUAUUUCGGAAAGUCUCGGAAUUUUAUGCUUAACCUCGUAGAAAUUGUUUGCGGUGCACCAGCCAGCGAGGUGGACUACGAUGUCUUCAUGUCGAUUUGCAGCUCCUGUGGAGGUCUUAAUAUGUUGAUUGAUUACUAUUGUGACUAUCCAAGCAGUUUCUUUGAGGUCUCUACUCAUCAGCUGAUCCAAAGUAUUAUGGAUAAGAUGCACUUUACUGGAAUUACUUUGAACUGCAAGGCAGUGAAGCUUGAGCACUUUAAGAACUAUGUCCAGGUGACGGACGACGAGGGAUACAAGUUUACAGCGGAGGCUGUAAUCCUGGCCAUACCCUGGAACAAAGUGCAGAAGUUAGAGUUUGUGCCGCCUAUACCGAAGGCGUUUCAGCCGCCUCCUGCCUCGAAAGGACGAAAAAAACCCCAUCGAGUGAUAAGCCAAUUUCAUUUGGGCUAUGGGAAGUCCUUUUGGGCGGAUCGGGGGUACUCGGGCAACUUCCUCAACUCGGAUCCCAUGGUCAGCGGCCACGAAAGUCAGAUGUCCACCCUCUGUGGCUACAUGCUGCACUCUCCCGAAGAGCAGGAUGAAGCCCUGGAGACGGUGAUCGAUCUGCUGGCCAAGGAAUUUGGGGAGGAGAUGCGCAGGCCGUUGGAGUGCCACUGCUUCGCGGAAGAGUUGAAUGAGGCGUUGCAUAAGCCGCAAAUCAAGCCCUGGCACCGCAUCAUCUGGUCCAGUUCCUCGGCGGUCGGCACCAGCUAUCGCAGUCUAAUGGGCGGAGCGGUGCAGAGUGGUGUCCGGGCGGCUGUAAACGCACUUUUUGUGGUGCGGCCGCAGGUGGUAAGCUGGAAGGACAUGCUCGACGAUCGAGAAAAGGGGUCCAGUGAAAGAGAGUCCGCUGGAAGACUUACGGGUCUUUUCAGUCGCCUGAAUCUCUACAACGUCACCUUCUACAGCUGUUUUGUACUCGGACUCAUCUGGCUACUAAACUUUGGCUACUCACGAGCUACUUAAGUACCUUCCCCUAAGGACACCCCCCGAUUGUGUAUCUUUUGAAAUUAAAGUGUUGGUUUUUAUGCACAGAA